AUGAUCCUCGGCAACCAGACCGCGAUCCCCAUGGGAAUUUUCAUGGUCAGCUGGCCUAACUAUGGCGACAUAUUCGGCACUGGCGACAAUGGGGAGCUUGUUACCAAGGAGAUCAUCAUGACUGGGACGUGGCGGCUGAACGAGCCCGAGGACCGAUUCUACAUGUCGACGGCCGAGAAUAAGAACUGGAUGCGGAUCAAGGCGACGAACAAAGAGUGGCUUCCCUCGACCACCAACGGCAGUGCGCAGGCCACCAUCGAGUAUCGUCUCUUGCGGAACGGGUUGAUGGAGAUACAAUGGACAGAUCUCGGAACCUCCGAGGCGAGAUCAGAAGGGGAGGCUGGUGAUGCGGAUCUGCUCGCCCAUCUGAAGCGGUCAGCGCGGCCGUUCGGGCAGGAGGAGAGGAUCGGUACCGUUCGUAUCGACGAGCUCAGCCGUAAGCAUUUGGAGUAUCCUUUCUUCGUCGGUUCUCGCCAGGGCACGGGCUUGUACAAGGUUACCUCCAUUGUCUUCCUCGACAUCGGUGUCGCAGCCGUCGUCACCUGUGGUAUGGGACAACAUUUCUAUCUCUCACAAGCCGGAAUAAUCCAGGUUAGCCAAGAGAUCGAGAAGUUGGCCACGGGAUACGAGGUGGCACCGGACAACGUGGGCGCCAUGCACGUGGAUGGUAGCCAGCAGCCCGUAUUAAGCACAGUUGAGUUACGUCCAGAGAAGUAG